CCAAAAUGACAUGCAAUAUAUGCAGAAGAGUAAAAUUAAUAAUGCAAAAAUGAUUCACAGUAUUUAUGACUGUCACUGCUGAAAAAACCUACUCAAUCUAGAUCACAGAACACUUGUGACCCACUUUCUGUCGUCCACAACACUGGCUAUUUUUAGGUUUGCGGCUCAGAGGGCCACAGCAGUGGAGGGGGUACAUAUCUAUGUGUCUCGCAAUUGGUCAGACACUCGCUCGACUGGCAAAUUCGGCAACAUCAUCAACACAUGUAGGCCGAUGAAAAACAUAAAUAUUUACUGGUCUUUUUAGACCAAAGAUGACAGCAGAUCAGAGGCGCGGAUGACUCUGACUCAAUUUUAUUCACUAGUUGUUUAUAAGUGAAUAAAACCUUCCAAGUAAAUAUUACCAUCAUUACAAAAAUGGAUCUUACAGCCAAACAUGGACUUGUACUGCUCGACCAGUUGAGGAGGAUGAGGGAGUCUGAGCAUCUGACAGAUGUGGUACUGGUGGCUGAGGGCAUCAGCUUCCCCUGCCACAGACUUGUACUGUCCGCCUUCAGUCCUUACUUCCGUGUUAUGUUCACAUGUGGCCUUCGUGAGUGCAACAACAGAGAAAUAUUCCUGCGUGACACCCCUGCAGACAGCCUGGCUCUUCUCUUGAACUACAUGUACUGCUCAGAUCUUCCUCUUACGAACUCCAAUGUACAAGGCAUCUCCAUUGCAGCUUUCCUCCUGCAGAUGGAUGACGUCUUCACUCGCUGUCAGCAGCACAUGACCGAGAACAUGGAUGCCUCCAACUGCCUUGGUGUGUAUUACUUUGCCCGGGACCUAGGGGCAGAGGAACUGGCUGACCACGCUCAGCGCUACCUGAGGCAGAACUUUGUCCAAGUCUGCCGGAGUGAGGAGGUCCUGGAGCUGGAAGCUCAUCAGCUGGGGAAGCUCCUGACUUCUGAUGACCUUAAUGUUUCCCGAGAGGAGACCAUCCUUGAUGUGGUCCUUCAUUGGGUUAAACACAGCACAAUGACAGACGGAGAGGUACGUUGUCGGCACCUUCCAGAGCUCCUGAGGAAGGUCCGCUUGCCACUGAUAAGUCCCAACUAUCUAAGAGAGGCGUUGAAGAGAAACACGGCCCUGCUUGCUGAAGCUGAAUGUCUAGAGAUAAUGAAUGAAGCCUUGGAGGCCACAGCAAUGCAUCCCUCAGCUGCACCACGUAAACUGAAGCUGCGGUACGGCAUGGAGACUACAGAUCUGCUGCUCUGUAUUGGUAAUGACAGUGGUGGGAUUAGGUCAAGAUAUGGCAACUUUGCUGAGCGCAGCUUUUGCUAUGCGCCAUCCACAGGCCGCACCUACUACAUCACUUCACCUUGCUAUGGAGAGGCUCUGGGGUAUGUGGGCACUGGAGUUGUAACUGAAAGCAAUGACAUUAUUGUGGCAGGAGAGGCAGGAGUGCGCAGAAUGGCCCGGCAGAAGGUCAUGAAUGUUGAGAUCUACAGGUACAAAGUACAGGCCCAAGGAAGCUGGGAGCACCUGACCUCUGCAGAGUACCGUGAUUCUUACGCCCUGGGGUCACUGGGUGACACUCUGUACCUGGUGGGUGGGCAGAUGAAGCUGAAGAACCAGUUUCUCAUCACUAACUGUGUGGAGCGAUGGUCUCUGGAGGGCGGACCCUGGAGGAGCGCAGCACCACUGCCCAUGCCUUUGGCCUAUCACAGCAUGGUCACAAUGAAAGAACGCCUUUAUGUGAUAGGCGGUCGAACACCACAGUCAUACCGGAUGGAUGAUGAGCCUGACCGUCUUAGUAACCGCCUUCUGCAGUAUGAUCCAAACACAAACAAGUGGACACAACUGAGUCCCAUGAAGUACUCAAAGUACCGCUGCAGUGCUGUUGUACUCAAUGGAGAAAUUUUUGUGAUGGGGGGCAUUGGCUGCGACGGUGUGGACUGUGGGCAAUCACGGCACUGCCUCGAUGCUGUGGAGAUCUACAACGCAGAGGGAGAUUACUGGAAAGAUGGCACUCCUCUCCCAAGUGCUCAACUCUCCCUGCGCACCAAUGCCUGUAAUGCAGGAGCGGUGGCAGGCAAGAUUUAUGUGUGUGGAUAUUACAAAGGAGCAGAUCGUCAUGAUGAUAUAACAAAAGACAUUUUAGAGAUGGACCCAUGGGAAAACCGGUGGACAGUGGUGGCUCGGCACGCUCUGAUGCAUGACAACUAUGACGUCUGCUUGGUGGCAAAUCUUAACCCAAGGGGGCUCAUGUCCCCACCUGCAGACUUAGCAAAAAUGUGACAGCCCCAUCAAAUCAGUUCAAAGUCUGUCUGGGAGGAUUAGUGAAGGAAAUGAAUUAUUAAUUAUUAAUAAUAAACUUAUUGCUGGGCCAAAGGCAGAUUUUCAAGCAGAAAAGAUCUUAGUGCUCUGCAUGGAAGAGGCAGUUAAUGAUUUGUACGUUGUUGAAUGAGAAUAGAAAGUCUAGAGUGAAAAGCACAGGUUUAAACAAUGAAAUUAAUUAUAGCAGAAUUUUAUUUAGCUGCUUCAGAUUAUGGUUCCUGAUAUUGUGCACAAUGGCUCUGUCACACUCAUGUUUUACUGGGACUGAGCAAAGCGAUCAUCAUUGUUAUAAGUAACAACGUCAAAAUCACUGCCGUGAAAAAAGGUCAAUUGUGUAACAUCUGCAUAGGAGCUUGAUCACCUGAAACCAUAGCUGAAUUAUUAGUAACAGCAGGAAUUUUUUUCCUUUGACAUGAAACAGAUGACAGCGUAUGAUUGGACUUAUGGAUUCCUGUUUCCAUAAAAUUAAACCAACAUGUAUUUUAACUGUUGACUUGAAGACUACAGAAAAUGAACAUUGGGAGACCUGGUACAUAUAUAAAAAAUAUAUAUAUUUUAUAGUUUUUCAGUAUAUAUUUUGUUAAUCAAUUUGUUGUUUUUUAGCUAAGCUUGCAAAGGCAGACAAGAAUGUUGUUAUUGUGCUAAUAAAGAUGCACCAUAGCAAUAUUAUA